GAGGGAAAAGUCCACACGCAAAGACUUGUUCCAGUGUGGAUGAGCGCGGACGGUGCGCAGACGCAUCAGGAGCGCACAAGGACAGACUCCAAGACGCGCAGAGGCAAGUACAUCGCGGUGUUCACACGUAUUACUAAUGUGAGUAGUGAACAAAUAGAACGAGGGAUUUACAAAAAAUAAAGAUACAAGAAAGCAGUGUCCACUGGAGAGCUCAUGAAGACGCACGGGACCACAGACUCUUAAAUUGUCAUGAAGCAGCAGCAGCGAGGCACAGUCCUCCAAUAGGUUCUUUUUAUUUGCAACGUUUCAAGUUUAUCCAAAGGGGAAAAAAUAAACCAUGAACUUAUCGGAGUCUGUUUGGGUCUGGGAAGAGCCAUGGAACCUCAGCAGAUCGAAGGAAGAGGACCAGAAACUUUUAUUCGGGAUCGGCACGGAUAAUUUCAUCACGCUGCUGGUUUUCGGGCUCAUCUUUACGCUCGGCGUGCUGGGCAACUCCAUGGUGAUCACCGUGCUGGCGCGGAGCAAACCAGGGAAACCACGGAGCACCACUAACAUAUUCAUCCUCAACCUGAGCAUCGCAGACCUGUCCUACCUGCUCUUCUGCAUCCCUUUCCAGUCCACCAUCUACAUGAUGCCAACGUGGGUCCUGGGCGCAUUCAUCUGCAAAUUCAUCCACUAUUUCUUCACCGUGUCCAUGCUGGUGAGCAUCUUCACUCUGUCAGCCAUGUCCGUGGACCGAUACAUUGCCAUCGUGCACUCCAGAAAGUCCUCCUACAUCCGGGUGGCGAAGCAUGCUUUGAUCGGGGUGGUGGUGAUUUGGAUCCUCUCUCUGGCCAUGGCUGCGCCCGUCAUGUAUUACCAGAACCUUUUCCACCGAGGAGAGAAUCACACCUUCUGCUGGGAAUGGUGGCCCAAUCAAAACCAGAAGAAAGUCUAUGUCGUUUGCACCUUUGUUUUUGGUUAUGUGUUGCCCCUGCUGCUGAUUUCCUUCUGCUAUGCAAAGGUCUUAAAUCACUUGCACAAAAAACUAAGAAAUAUGUCUAAAAAGUCAGAGGCAUCAAAGAAAAAGACGGCUCAGACGGUGCUGGUGGUGGUGGUGGUGUUCUGCAUUUCUUGGCUCCCUCAUCACGUGGUUCACCUGUGGGUGGAGUUCGGGACCUUCCCGCUGAACCAGGCCUCCUUCGUGUUACGGGUGGCCGCCCACUGCCUCGCUUACAGCAACUCGUCUGUCAACCCGGUCAUCUACGCCUUCCUGUCGGAGAACUUCAGGAAGGCUUACAAGCAGGUGUUCAAAUGCCAGAUCGGGACAAGUGACUCCCCGCUCAACGACAUCAAGGAGAUCCGCAGCAAAGCAGACACUCCGCCCUCCACCAACUGCACCAACGUCUGACUGGUCGGGUGUGUGUGGUGACAUGGACUAUGGAGACUGUGUGAAGUCAUAGUGACAGAGCCAUCAGACAUGAGAGGUUUUCUUUGAUGUACAUAAGUAUGGUUGCUUGGGUAUUGCUACAGCUGUGCUGUUUCACAUAAGCGCUGUUCAUUAUACCUCGACUGGAGAAGGUAAUGCCUCUGUGGCUGCAGGGAAUGCUUAGUUCCUCUUUGAUCAGUCUCUGUUCCCUUCUUUCAUAAUACAAACCUGUGGGGUGUGGAACUCAGGAAAAUUACCCUCAAGUAAAACUUGUUUUGAAUGUAGACACUAUUUUACACGUCACAUCGCGGUAUAUUUGCAAGCCAAUACAUACAAAAUAGGAGGUAAUUGUUCUUUUACAUUUCAAACGGAUUUAAAAUCUCAAUUGGAAGACUUUUUCAAGAUUAUUAUGGCAUUAUUAUACUGUUUGAAUGUGUCUUUUUUGCCUGAAGAACGUUUUACAGAAUUGGGAUUUUUUUUUUCAGAAACAAAGGAAUGGCUUAUCAUUUCAAAUUCAGUAAACACACUACACUUAUUAAUCCCAGUAAUGUUCUGUUACUGGGACGCUAGUGGCUUGGCUUGUUUUCUGUCUCAACAGGAGGAGGGUGAUACAUGGCGGGAUGUGCGUUCAGUAAAGAAACUGGUCCGGGACUUAUUAGCUUGGAUAGCUUCACGCAGAGGCUCCAGGCCGCUAGCCUCUUUGAAAAGAGAAGACAUGUGACUCCUAGUAACUCAAAAUCAUGACUGUAUAUGUUGUAAAUUCAGACAAUGUAAAAUGCACAACACAAAGUGUAGUCUGGCCUCUUGUUAAAGGUGGAGUUAGCGAUAAUAAUCCAAAAUACUUUUAGUCAAAUUCAGAAAACACCUCCUCACGGUCUGUUAGCAGUCCGCUCUGUGUGUACGAGGAAAAAAAGUGUGUUCUAGUGU